GGGUAGCGUUAUUUUCCUUAAAAAAAUAAAAUAAGAGAGAAAAUGAUAUUGUUGCUGCAUUUGAAAAUAUUCAAGCUCUGGUUCUUCCAUGAACAACACCUCGAAUACAGUAAGAUGUUUAUACUCAAAAUCUCUUAUUCCAUCUCUCUUAAAUUCAUGCAAGAAUAUGAGGGAGGUCAAGCAAAUCCAUGCCCAAAUCAUCAAAGAAGAAAACAAAUCUCCCUUUGAGGUCUUAUCCGCCGCUGAAAAGUUAAUUUCUUUCUGUGCUGUCUCUCCUAAUGGAAGUUUAGAGUAUGCCAAAGCCCUUUUCAAUCAGCUAUCAAACCCAACUGUCAUUUCUUGGAACUUUCUUAUCAGAGGUCUUUCCACAAGUAAAAGUCCACGGGAAGCUAUAUCAUUAUAUCAAACUAUGCAUAACAGAGGUUUUCAACCCAAUAAUUUUACCUUCCCUUUUGUAAUCAAAGCUUGUGCUGAAUCUUGCAUGACUUCAUUUGGUGUUUUGGUUCAUACACAUUUGGUAAAAACUGGUCUUGAAGCAGAUUCUUAUAUCCAGAGUUCCUUAAUUCGUAUGUAUGCGAAUGGGGAAUAUCUAGAUGCUGCAAAGCAAUUGUUUGAUGGAUGUUCUGAUAGAGAUGUGGUUUCUUGGAAUGCAAUGAUUGAUGGUUACGCAAAAUUUGGUAAAAUGGAGCUUGCUUUAUCAGUGUUUGAGCAGAUGGUCUGCAGAGAUGUGAUCUCUUGGAAUACGAUGAUAAAUGGGUAUAGUACAAUUGGGAAUCUUGAAGAAGCAAAGAGACUGUUUGAUGAAAUGCCUGAAAAAAAUGUGGUAUCUUGGAAUUCUAUGUUGGCAGGGUAUGUCAAAUGUGGGGAUUUAGAGGCUGCCUGUGGAAUUUUUGGAAUGAUGCCUCGGAGGGAUGUAGUGUCUUGGAAUGCAAUGUUGGCAUGUUAUGCACAAAGUGGUCGUUCAAACGAUGCCCUCUCCCUGUUUGAUGAGAUGCAGGCUCUAGGUAUAAAACCUACUGAGGCAACUAUGGUCAGCCUGUUAUCAGCUUGUGCUCAUUUGGGUGCUAUGGACCUUGGGGUCCGCUUACACAAAUACAUCGAUGACAACAAAAUAGCAAUCAACACCAUCCUGGGGACUGCGCUAGUAGACAUGUAUUCCAAAUGUGGAAGCAUUUCCAAAGCAGAGCAAAUAUUUUAUUCUAUAAAAUACAAAGAUGUUCUUGCUUGGAAUACCAUUAUAGCUGGCAUGGCCAUGCAUGGUCAUGCCAGGAAAGCACUUCAGAUUUUUACACAGAUGCAAGUGGAGGAUGUGGUGCCUGAUGAUAUUACAUUUGUCUCUGUGCUUAGUGCAUGUAGCCAUGCUGGGAUGGUUGAGGAAGGUCAGAGACUACUGGCUUCAAUGAGCCCCACAUAUGGUAUUGAGCCAAAGGUUGAACAUUAUGGGUGUGUCAUUGAUCUCCUUGCGAGGGCUGGCCUUUUGGAGGAAGCCGUUAAUCUGAUUGGGACUAUGCCAAUGGAGACUAAUGCUAGUGCAUGGGGAGCACUACUUGGAGGUUGUAGAAUACAUGGGAAUAUUAAGGUAGGUGAGGUAGUGGGAAAAUCCCUUAUCAACCUCCAACCUCAUCAUAGCGGCCGCUAUGUCAUCCUCUCAAAUUUAUAUGCCGCUGCAAAGCGAUGGGAUGAUUCGAGAAAUGUGAGGAACCUGAUGAGAUCCAAGGGGGUUGCUAAAUUGCCAGGGGUAAGCAUGAUAGAACUGAAGGGGAUUGUGCACCAGUUUGUAGCCAGUGAUCGGUCCCAUCCAGAGUCAGAUCACAUUUACAAGAAGUUGUCAGAGAUCUCUACACAGCUGAAAAACAUACUUGGGUACUUACCAGAUACACAGCAGGUUUUGGUUGACAUAGAAGAAGAGGAGAAGGAGCAUGUUCUACUUGUUCACAGUGAGAAGCUAGCCAUUGCUUAUGGGUUCAUAUGCUUGGGCCCUCUAGAUCCGAUUAGGGUAGUGAAGAACCUUCGAGUUUGCAGAGACUGUCAUAAUGUCACAAAGUUAAUUUCGAAGGUCUAUGGUCGAGAAGUUAUAGUGAGGGACAGGAAUCGUUUCCACCAGUUCAAAGAUGGUAGAUGUUCUUGCAUGGAUUAUUGGUAGAUCUACAAGAUCUGGGUGUGAAAAAGAAAAUCAUUGUGCUGUUGGAGAGUGUGGCUUGCAAAAGGAUGCAUGAAGGCCUGAUGAGCUUUUCUUUCAUGGAUAAGGGGUCACAUACCAAUUGGUGUUUUCAGGAACAUGGUUGCAUUUAAUCUUCAUCUCAAACAUGCAAGCCAUUUGAUGCAUUCGGAGAAUGUUGUCCAAGAACUUUUAUGGUCAUUCCGUUAUCUGAAAUGUCCCUGGAGAAAUCUCUUUCCAGGAGAAAAAGAACAGAAAUUGUGGUUAGAUUUUAGAUUUGGUGACCUGAUAGGUUUUUGUCCUGAAAAGCACCAUAUUUAUUUUUCUCUAAAGUUAAAGAGUUUUCAUUCUUCCAAAGCUGUAACUUAUCACUAACUGCGUGAUGACAGAAAUUCUCUUCCACCUGGGACAUAUUUAAGGAAAGGUGUUUCAUGUACAAGGCCAACCUAUGAAGCUAUGUGUGGUGUGGAUGUAUCAUGCUUUACUUUCUGAUUAUGUUGAAGAAAGGAGUCUCAGUAUAUCCAGGUAGAUCUUUGCUGGCCAGUAGAUGUAGAUGUUUCCAUCGCUUUCCUAUGGGUCAUCUGAGAAACACACAGGAUAAGCCAAUGCAGUUGAAGUAGUUUGAUGUUUAUAUGAUAUGCAGUGAAAUUAGAAAAACUUCUUGAUAUGAUCUCUAGAAACUCUGGCUUGCAUCCAGUGUAAAUUUCAGGAAAGCCACAUUAUACCUGGCUUGCCAAGGAGACUAAAGUUAAAAAGGGGGGAAAAGAAGAUGGAAUCCUGAUAUGGACAUAGAAGUUGAUUAGCGAAAGCCUCUGCGUACUAAUUGAAAAAGAAAAUUGCAAAUGAUGUGUAAGGUGAAGGGAUGCUAGAGGUUUAGAUAUGAAAGCUGAGGAAUUCUUAUGCUUGAAGGCUUAAUGUGUAUCUGUUAAUUGUUUAUAGAUGAACUGGUCAGCAUGAAAGUUGACAGAAAUUUUGAGAAGACCAUCUGAUCAGUCUGAUGAGAAUCUUGACCAUGUGUUUCCUCUACAUUCCCAUGAUCACAUAUAGUUUACUUGAAAUGAAGGAUUUGGAGUGAGAUUUGACUGCUAAAAAGUCAAGUUUAAUAAUUAUUUCCAUUUGAUCAGUCUCCUUGAAAGGAGUGAGAUUGCAGAGAUGUAUCCAUUGCCCGCAUUGACUUCACUCAAAGUAUCUGUUGGAAAAUUCUGUGGCUGUAGGCACAAAAUUAUUGAAAGUUUGUAACUAACAAAUUUUUUCUUAGGAGAGGGAUUGAAACCUGGUCAUGUGGAUACUGUGCCAGCACGCAGACCUAGAGAGUGUGUGCGGAGGCAUCAGCCGUGGAGGGCAGGGCAGUCUUUUCAUGUAGCCUUGUGUCGCAUGGGGGUGUGCGACCAGGUAGUGUCCUUUUUCCCUUCUUUGUUACUUGUACUAUGAAUGGAUGACAAUUCAGAUAGGAUCAUGCUUCAGGUACUUUUUACCCAAAAAAAUUGAUAUGAUGCUUCUAUGAGAAA